AUGCGAUGUUCCAAUGUACGAAUCUCGUGGCCGAAAGACAAAUCGACAGCAAACCCCAGCACUACAGCUCCUUAUGCUGUCUAUGUCUACAGAGCGGGAUAUCAGCCAAUUGUUGUUGUAGACAACUUUCAGGCACGACAGCUCAACUGGACUGUCGAGCUCCCGGUUGGUGGACCGAACAUUCUUACAGUCGUAGAUGCAAAAGGCUACUCUGCUGGUAACUCGAUGGCCUUUUACGUCCAGUCGCCGUUUACAGAUGCUUGCGGUACGAAUCCUGCAACACCAAAUUCUCUCAAUAUCAGUACUUCGGGCUCUUUAGCGGAAUGCUCCGCUAUCAUCGUCAAUGUCGACGGGGGCGUUCCUCCCUACACCAUGAGUAUUAUACCUUCUCUUCGACCACCUAAAACUACGCUGAAGGAGAGCUACAAAGAGUCUACUCACUACCCAAAGGCUUAUCAAAUUGACAUGAAGUCCGGUGAACUAUUCUUUAUCAAGGUAUCUGAUUCGACGGGCAAAAUAGGUAUAAAUGGAAUGCAUACAGUUGUGAAUGGCGACCCUAUCUGCUCUGAUGUCGCACCAACCAUUACCUCGGGGAUGGCCAUUCCUACACUAACUUACAACGCCGCAAGCACCACGACAUCCAUUACACCAACGAUCACCACUCCACCCAUUCCUACGUUCACUAAUGGCCACGCCGUCGUCAGUAAUACUAGAUCGCAUGAAAUUACAACAACUGUUGCGUUACCUAAUGGCGGAUCGAGUAUAGUCGUCUUGGCGCCUGGUGCUACGGCCACCAUAGGCGCCGGAAGGUCAUCCGAUGGGUCCCCAAACCUCGGACUUAUAAUUGGACUUGCGGGAGGUGGCGCAGUGCUCUUGACGGCACUCAUCUCAUUUGGAAUUAUGUAUCGCAACCGCAACCGCAAAAAGCGAGAGCAAGAGCGGAAGGAGAGAUACAAGCGGCGGCGAUUGUCCGACGGGGAGGACCAUUCACCACUCACUUUCGCGGCCAGUGGCACGGAGUUUGCCCAAUCUUCGAGGCCGCUGAUGCUGCAGCUUGACUCCUCCUACUCCAACGUCUCACGAGGCACACCGACCCCUGGAUUCACGCCCUCAACCGCGAAUUUCGGCUGGCCGCAUGCAGCGAUGACGCCUUCAGGAACUCCGACUUGGCCGGUCAACCUUGCUACCCCCAGUUCAAGUCAUUCGAAUGCUCAUGCCACCGCACCGACUAUUUCCAGUGUUCAACCAUCUCGUUUGUCGAGGAAAUCGCUCCCCUCAUUAUCACGCAAUCUCCCUCCUGGAGCGAUGCCACCCCUCAUCCUUGUCGGUGGACAGCAAAGUGAUCUCCCCAAAUCGCCGCUCCCAAUCCCACCCAGUGUACCUGCUGGUUCACCAUGGUCGAAAAAUACAAAGUUCCGAGAAUCUCUGUAA